CCAUUCAUCGCAAAACAUCAAUUUGAGUUGCAUCAACCCAAAAUCGCGGUCAACAGCAUCCUCACCCAGCACCACCAGAAAUACCAAUUUGUCAUAUAACUCGAGUCCAGUAGCUAUACACGAUUAAGCCAUUUUGAUUUUCACCACUUGCGACACUUUGCGACCUACGCAAUCGGCAAUUGCUGACCUACGACGCGGACGGCUUUGGUUUUGUCUUGGAACAUCAUUCUAUAGACAUUCACUUUCCAUAUCUACUCAUGAUGUCUUCGACACCCAUGGAUAUCGAUCGUUCCAACACUCCAAAUGGGGCAUCGCUUAACAUUCACCGCACCAUUGGCACCACAGCUUCAGUCUCCAAUCUGUCCGAUGUCAUAGGCAACUUUCGACCUACCAAGCUCUUCCGCCGUGAUGACAUCAAGGAAACCCGCCCACAGCCCCAUGUACUAUCCCUGGACUACGACGACGAAGGCGAGUUUGUUAUGGCGUCAGCAAGCGACGAAACAAUACAGAUUUACAACGUCAAAGAAGGUCGUCACGAUAAGAGCCUGGUCAGCAAAAAGUACGGGGUGAAGCUUGCCAAGUUCACACAUACAAAUUCAAGUAUCAUAUAUGCUAGUACAAAACAAAAUGAUGCCAUUCGAUACCUCGCUACGCACGAUAACUCCUUCAUCCGGUACUUUGAUGGUCACGAAGGGGCUGUGACAUCACUGGCUGUCCAUCCUGGUAGCGAUAAUUUCAUAUCAUGUUCCCAGGACAACACAGUGCUUCUAUGGGACACACAGACUAAGAACUACCAUGGCAAGCUCUUCCUUCGAUCGCCCUACCUCGCCGCGUAUGAUCCGUCAGGGACUGUCUUUGCUGUGGCUUGUGUCAGCAGCGGUACAGUCCUACUUUAUGACGCACGAAACUACGACAAAGCUCCCUUUGCCACGGUUGACAUUGUUGAGCAGUGCAGAAAGGUAGACUCGCAAUGCCUCAACAAGGGGUGGACGACACUUGAGUUCUCUAACGACGGCAAAUCGCUACUAGUUGGAACUCGCGGCAAUGGGCAUUUCUUGGUCGACGCCUUCGAGGGCACGCUCAAGGCAUAUCUUCACAAACCAAACGGCGGAACUCGGCGGUUGGCAGUUGGAGAGGCGGCACAGGCUGGCGGUGAUACGAACCACAUCGAGAGUAGCGGCGAGUGCUGCUUUGCCCCAGAUGGCCGCUAUGUCCUCAGCGGCUCCAAGAAAGACGUCUUGGUCUGGGACACCAUGGCUGCCCCUGACGAUAAUAAAGUGUUGAAACCAAGCUGGACAUUGCCUGAUAAGAGAGAGGCUGCCGUUCUAGCUUUCAACCCACGGUACAACUUUUUCGCCACGGCUGACCAGGAGCUGUUGUUUUGGUUACCUGAUCCUCUUGCCUAAG